AUGGGUAUUGCGACGCAGACGAGUCCGUCAGCUGAAGCGCAAGCUGUCGACUACGCCCCCCGUGAUGCAACGAGCGACGAGAUAGAGAGCCUCCCUCAUAUUGUCGAUACUCUACCACCAGAAGCAUGGGUGGCCGCUCUGAUUGGUGCCUCAGAGCGGUUUAGCUAUUACUGCUUUGUCUCCAUAUGGCAAAACUACAUACAAAAUGAUAGAGGAUCUAAACAAGUACCUGGAGCGCUUGGACUUGGCCAGUCGACAGCUACGGCAAUAUCCAACGGCUUCUUCAUCUUUCUCUUCCUGAUGCCGAGUUGUUUUGCAGUCAUCUCCGAUAUCUGGCUUGGACGCUACAAGACCCUUUUACUAGGGCUUGUUUUAUCUCUUUGCGGCUCACUCGUCAUGUUUGCGACAGCUUUACCGUCUUCCCUUGACAACGGUGCAGGUCUGCCUGGCCUGAUCGUCGCCAUGAUCCUGAUAGGACUGGGUGUCGGUGCUACUAAAGCAACCAUCUCCCCUUUCAUUGGCGAUCAAUACAAGCAGAAGACUCCCCAACUUGUCCGGCAGAAAGAUGGAUUACCUGCAGUGGUUGACGGUACCAGAACGCUCCAGUUCCUCUACAAUGCCUUUUAUUGGUUCACAAACAUCGCUUCCCUCUCAUCCAUCCCCGCCACGUUUUUGGAAAGAGAAUUUGGCUUUUGGACGGCAUAUCUCAUGGCAGCUAUUUCUGUGAUGGCGGCGGUUAGUCUUUUGCUCAUUUUUAAAUCACGACUGGUCAAGAUCCGGCCAGGGGAAAACAAUCUCCCCAAAGCCAUCAAAGUCAUGUCAAUUGCAGCACGGAACGGUGUCAAUCUCGACCACGCCAAACAGUCCUACCAAAUGGAAGCCCACGGUGCCUCGUUUCCGUGGGGGGACAAAUUCGUGGAUGAGUUGAGGCGCGGUCUCCUCGCAUGUCGCGUCAUCUUCUGUUUCGCCUUCUUCUAUCUAGCCAUCACCCAAAUGUUCAACAACCUCAUCUCCCAAGCCGGACAGAUGCAGCUCCACGGCGUGCCGAACGACAUGCUCCAAGCCAUGGCCGGAGUCGCCUGCGUGGUUUUCGGGCCCAUUAUUCAGGCACUUUACAACUUUCUCGCGAAACGCCGUAUCUCGUUCGGCCCCAUGGCUCGCAUAGCAGUAGCCUUUCUCAUCUGCGGCGGCGGGAUGGGCUAUGCCGCAGGGCUGCAGAAGAUGAUCUAUAGCGCGGGACCCUGCUUUGACGCACCUCGCGCAUGCGCUGCUUCAGACGGUGGACGUCUUCCUAACGAGGUUAAUGUCUGGUUACAGCUACCGGUCUACGUGGCCUUGGCCAUUGCUGAGAUAUUUGGGCUGGUUACAGCGAGCGAGUACGCGUACUCCAAAGCCCCGAAGAACAUGAAGAGCAUCGUACAGGCCAUGGUCCAGCUCAGUGCGUGCCUUGGCUCGCUUAUGGCUAUGGCUCUUAGCCCGGUAUCCCGAGAUCCCCAUCUUGUCGUGGUUUACGCUGUCAUUGCCGGAGUUAUGGGAGCUUGUUCCGUGCUCUUUUGGUGGAAGUUUCGGAAGUACGACGCGGUAGACCGCGAGUUGAACAAUGUGGACAACGAUGAUGAGGAGUCUGGAGUGACAAGCACGCAAGAAGAUGCCAAAGGACGUACUUAG